UAAUAGCAGGCCUGUCUCAAAAUAAAUUCGAAAGCUGACACAUUCGACGCGUUACAACAGCCGCUUCCAAAAAAAUCCUUCAUUUUCGCGCUGAAAAACGUUGCCAAGUAUCUACAAUAUCGAUCAGAGCGCUACAGGUCAGUCGCUGAAAAAAAAACCAUCCGGAAUUUCCCCUUUCGAUUACACACACACGCAUACACUCCCGAUCAUAAGUACACAUACGUAACCGAUACACAUGUGCCGUUCGAUUUUCGCCGGCGCUGCGUGUACUCUUACUCACGUAUGGCUCGCAAGCUCCGCAUACGAAAAAUCGACGCCUGAGCGCGCGCGUCGUUCAAAAGGAAGGGAUAGAGAGAGAGAGAGAGAGAGAGAGAGAGAGAGAGAGAGAGAGAGAGAGAGAGAGAGAGACGUUUUCGCGGCUGGAAGAGUCCUCCGCGUGCGCGUCCUCGUCAUUCGAAAAGCGCGAGUCUCCCCGUCGCCAGCUCGGCUUACGACACACCGACUGUGUGUAUAUACUCGACGACGAAGCCCUUUACGCGGCUGCGGUAAAGCAAGUGUGUAUCGAGGCAGUUUUUCUCACGUAUACGAGAUGAAGUGACGAGUGCUAGUCUACGCAGUGGAUAAGGAGGCUAUUAUGCCCUUUUGCCCGGCGUUAUUCCGGCCGGAAGGAGGCUUUGAUUUUCGAAAGUCGUCCCGGCAAAGACGAGCGUUUGGAAAGUGCACUCGGUGUCGGCUCUCGUCUAUGUAAACAAUACACGCAGACGCACAUCCGAGAAGCUGCCGGCAGAGAGAAGAAUAUGCGCUGCUGCAUCUUCGGGGAGAGAUUCUGAAGUGAGAGAGACAGUCGAUGCCUCAGGUCAUAAGAUGAGAGCUUCCUUCUUUUGCCUGGCGGUAAUCAGCCUGUCGCUAUGGGCCGGACCGGCAGGGGCUGCUUCCUUCACCGACAUGAUACGCUCGCUCUUUCAAUCCGGCAAGGACGACCUGGAGGCAGAAGGCGUGUUCUACCCGAAAGUCGAGUACGCGGUGAGGAAGCAGCGGACAGUCGCGCCGCGGGUCCCCUUUCCCUGCGAUCUUCGAAGCGGCAGGUCAGCCGUUCCGCCGACAAGUGUGAAUCAAUUGAGGCCAGGUGACAUCGACGUCAUCGCGGGUUUGGGCGAUUCUUUGGUGGCGGGUAGCGGUGCCUUGGAAGAGUUCGCCAUCGGAACAUUCAUCGAGGCGCGAGGCGUCAGCUGGUGCAUCGGAGGACAGGAGGAUUGGAGGAAGUACCUCACUGUUCCAAAUCUCCUCAAGGAGUACAAUCCAAGACUGACAGGUUACUCUACGGGUACUGGUGAGUUCAUAUCGCGAAAGGCUCGCUUGAACAUUGCUUACCCGGUGGCAGCGACGGAAGACGCGCUGCACCAGGCUAAGAUCCUCGUGCAGAGGAUGAGGAGUGAUCCUGAUAUCGAUAUCGAUAAUCAUUGGAAGAUGAUAACGAUACUGUUUGGUGCCAACGACAUUUGCUCAGCGCAGUGCUAUAGUCCAAAGGAAUUUUCGCCGAUUCGUUACGCUUUACAUUUACGAAGAGCUCUGGACUUCCUGAGGGCGUCUUUACCUCGUACAAUAGUUAAUUUAAUUCCAGCCAUAGAUGUUACAGUAUCUCUAAGAGUGCCAGUACGUAGUCUAAUGUGCAGCAUCCUGCAUCCACUUUAUUGCGCGUGUAUGCAUCGAGGAAGUCAGCCCGAUAUCGCAGCGUCCAAAAUGUCCCACAUGUACCAACAGGCUGCCGAGGCUUUGGUUGCCUCCGGAAGAUACGACACUACGGAUGAUUUCACGGUGGUGCUACAGCCGUUCACAAAAUUGUUUAAUGCGCCCAAUGCAAACCCCAGAAAUGCUCCGCCGAUAGACGCGAGUCUGGUCACACACGACUGUUUCCACUUCAGUCAAAAAGGCCACGCACUCGGUGCCAAUCUCCUCUGGAACAACAUGCUCGAGCCGGUAGGCAACAAGACGGAAAGGGGACUACCGCGGAUUUUCGAGAGGUUCCUGUGUCCGAGCGAGAGAAGCCCCUACAUAUUCACCAAUCGCAACACCAGGCAUUUCCUUCGCACUGGGAGCCAAGAGGCGUCGCCACCGAGAUAACGAAUAAAUAAGAGAGAGAGAAUGAGGGCUCGUAAACUUUGCCGAGAGAUUAUCGGAACCUCGAGGUCGGCCAUCGUCUGCCUGUACUGGAUCUGCGACUAUUGCCUCGAGUCUUAUUGACGUUGCUACGCUUUUGAUUUAUUUCCGCUUGUUCUGAUCGGCGGAGCGAUCUGUAAUUUCUUUUUUUAUUUUGUUAUAUACUUGAGUAUUUUUUGAUAAAGAUGCAGAGCUCGUGUGCUCGAAAGCCAAUUGAUCGGUUGUAUAGUUACAAGGCCAGUUUUAUGUACAGUUUUUUAUGUGGGAAAGAAUCGAUUUUGUAGUGGUCAAUGGAUGAAGAAGAAUUCGUGUGCAUGGGACACUUGUUUCAUAUGCAAGUUUUAAUAUUUAUUAUAUGUGUUAUUACGGUAUUUGUUAACUGAAUAAUAAAAUGUAAUUUGAUUGAAA